UAAUUACUGAUACUGGUACAUUGAUUACUCAUGUAAUUUUCGGAUUAUUUACAAAUCUUCAAUGAUAACUUCAAAGAAAAAGUGGUGGACACAUCAAACAUAACAAAAGCAAGUGUGCGACAAGACUUCCACGUAAACUUUUAGCAUAAACCUAUCAAAAUGGAUGUCUUAUUAAUGAGGAACAUUUGUCCCGCCGGAAAGCAGGCGUUAAUUUGUUUUUUUAUUUCUACUAUAGUAUUUACGACGUCGUUUUUCUCUGGGAGUGUUCUAGGGUUCUCCUCGGAACUGUGGGCCUUGACUUAUUGGGGUCCGGCGCUGUAUUUCUGUCUAUUUAACUUCAUAUUAAGAUACUGCUAUAAAGGCUUCAUGUAUGAGGUAUCAAUUAGAUCAGCAUUCCUUGGUGCCACAUUCUCCCUGGGCAUCUUCCUGACUAGCUUUGACAAUGGCUGGCGAGUGUUUGGGCUGUAUACCAUUAUCCUGUCCUUCUUCCACUUCUCCGAGUUUGUAUCCGUGGCUCUGACCAAUCCGAGGACUUUAUCGGUGAACUCUUUUAUAUUGAACCAUAGUGUACAGUACGGUGCUGCUGCAGUAGCCAGCUGGAUAGAAUGGGGAGUGGAGUACUACUUCUUUCCUGAUAUGAAGAGUUACUUCUGGCUGUCUGCGCUGGGUGUAGUAAUGUGCAUCACAGGGGAGGGACUCAGGAAGUCAGCCAUGUUCACUGCCAAGACUAAUUUUAAUCACACUGUACAAUUUGUAAAGCGUCCAGACCAUCAACUAGUGACCCAUGGAGUGUACUCACUGUGCAGACAUCCAAGCUAUGUGGGCUGGUUCUACUGGUCCAUUGGUACACAGGUAACUUUACUAAAUCCAAUCUGCGUAAUAAUCUAUACGCUAGCAUCGUGGACGUUCUUCCGCGAGCGCGUGUACGCUGAGGAGCUGACGCUUCUGACGUUCUUCGGGCCGCAGUACGUGGAGUAUCAGAAGCAGGUCGGCACAGGCCUGCCCUACAUCAUGGGAUACAUCCCCGAGAACACCGGGCAGAACAUCAAGGAUGAUCAUUGGAGUUACUAAGGUAAAGAAGAUCUCAUUUAUUAUUGCAGAGAGACUGGCUGAAGUCACAGUGAAUUAUCUAGUCUAAUACAACUAAGAACAAUAUUCAUGUAACAAAUGUAUUUCAAAGUAUUUUAGCUACUAUAUCACUGAACAUAUAUUAAGAAUUCUUAAAAAUAAUAGUAUAAAGUUACAUCUCACUUGUUUAGUACAAUUUUGUAUUAUUUUGUUGUUGUCUAAGUAAGUCUGACCAAGCUUUUAAAAUUUUUCGGUUUUUUUUUUUUAAUUCAAACAAAUCAAUGCAAUCCAUUACUACAAUUUUGGUUAAGUAUUAAAAUAAGAAGAGAUGACGGAUAAAAAGCGAUGGUGUCGCCAUCUACCCAUUUCUAAAAACUAUUUAACAUUACUAAAAAGUGCUAGCUGUCUGGAUGUUUUCAAUGAUUUAACUUGAAACUAAUCUGUGAAACUAUUUUGUACUUAAAAAAAAUUAAAACUACCAAAAAGGAUGAUGGACAUUUUAUACAGACCCUGGUCUAUAAGCCUUAAACAUCUUACCUUCAAAUAUAAUGCCAACUUAAUGCUUACAGCCAGAAAGCACAGAAAAGAAACAGUUAAUAUAAUAAUUCUCCUGUAAAUGUCACACACUCGAGAAUAUAAGAAAUAUAUUUUUUGCAAAAAUGAAACAUGAAAUUCAUGUUAUGGUGUAUAUCGAACAAUUUUCCAUUAUCCUUUGAUUACUAAUCUUAUUACUAAAUCUUAUAGAAUUUCUAAUAGAAUGUUCUCUAAUAUGUGUAAUAUUAAAAUGUAAAUACUUGAUUGAUCAAAUUUUAUACAUUGUAUUUAAUGAUACUUGUACAUACCAUUUUGUUCUAUGCAUUAUUAUGUUUAUUACUGGACAUGCGAUUGUUUGGUGCCAAAAAAACAAACUAUUUAAUUAGCCUGCAUGCAAUCUUUUAGCCCCUUAUGUAACUAGGCUUUAUUAUUAAAUUGCACUGUACAAAAGAAUUUUUUGCGUUACUUAGAUGGCGCUAGUGAGCUCCAAAGUCAUGUUCAAUAUUCAUAGCUUCAUUUGGUAUCUAUACUACAGCUUUAUUUACUCACAUAUUCCAUUUGAUCUCAGUAUAUUCCAGUAAUAAAGCAUAUAUAGCAAGUUUGUUCGAUUUUAUAAGCAUUGAAGUAUGUAUCAAUAUAAAUGUAACUAUGUAUGUAUCUCGCAUGCAGGCUAAACUUACAAUAGAGCAAUGUUUGUGAUCUUUGUAAAUGCUUGUAUGUCAAGGUUGUGAAUGUACCGACAGAACAAAUGAUAAAUAAAUAAAGAGAAAUAUUUUUAAUUAUUGA